AUGAUAAACAACUAAGCUAAAAGACUAUUAGAAAUUAAUAAUCCUAAUGAAUUCAAAGUAUUUUCAAGAAAAUCUAUAAUUUAUAGCCACGUUGAAGAAUGCGAUGAGUAUUAAUUAUAUGAAAAUUAUACUCAAUAAAGUAUAUUUGAUAAAUUUAUAGUAACUUAAAAUGAUCAAAAAUAAUAAAAGAAUAGUCUUGAAAAUAAAUUAAUUUAGAUAUUUAAGAAAAGUUUAUCAAGUAAUUAAAAGAAUAUGAAAAAUUCUAGUUUUCUAAAAGAAAAAAAUAGUUAAUCUUAAUAAAAAGGUCUUACUUUUGAUACUAAUAAUGAUACAACCAAUAAUUCUCUAGAAAGUUCAUUUUAUGCUUUAUAUCAAAAGAGUGAAGAAUAAACAUCCUAAAAAUUGUCUAUUAAGGCUUCUACAUUUUAGAAUCAAAUUGACUGCUAUUGUUGUUUAGUUAUUGAAGAAAUAAAUGACUAUUAAAGAAUUAAUAUACUAUCAAAAAUUGCCUCAGACAAUAAAUAAAAUUUUUUUUAAUUCUGCUUAUAUUUAGCAGUGGGUAAAUAAACAAAUUGCUCUUUCUUAAAUCUUAACUCUCAAAGUUUUUAUAUAUAAUGA